CACAACCAUCGAGUGAGACGCCUUUAUCUCCAAUGUCUCAACAGCCUAAUUUGACACAUGAGGAGACAAUGAUUGAAUCAGCUGCAUCUCCAAAGUCUCAACAAAAUGAGGAUUACACGCAACCAUCGAGUGAGACGCCUUUAUCUCCAAUGUCUCAACAGCCUAAUUUGACACAUGAGGAGACAAUGAAUGAAUCAGAUGAUGACACUCCUGCCCUUGAUACUCAAGUAUUCUCUCCUAAUCUGACAAAAGAGAAAGAAACAAGUGAGUCACCUGCUGAGAGGCCAUCCAAUCCUAAUCAAGAUGGAAAACCAGAUGAUGAGAUUGUGAUUGAGUCACCUGCUGCUCAGACUCAAGUUUUGCAAAAAGAAACACUGGAAAUGAAUGAGACACCUUCUUCUCCAAUAUCUCCAAAGAGUAUUGAGGCUCAAGUUUUUACUCCAAUUCAGAAACAGCAGACGGUAACAGAGGGAACGUAUGAGGCUACACAGCCAUUGACUGAGAUCAUUUCAGCAAACAAUAAAAAGGAGGAUACACAUGCUGUGCAUCACACACCUUCCUCUCCAUUGUCUUCACUAAUUGCACUAGUUAUUGAAGAAAAUAAGAAUGCUUUGAGUGAGACAGAAACUGCGACCCAAUAUUUUUCUCUAAGUGAGGGAGAGGAGACACAAUCAAGCAGAAAGAAUCAAGCAGAAGAAAAUCUCAAGGAUACUACAAAACAUACAACUGAGCUAGUUUCCACAGAUGUUUCGAAGACACAUCCUCUUACACAGCCUCUUAUACAGCCUCUUACUCAGCAAACACAGCACCUUCAGACAAGUGAGGGAGAGCAAUCCGAUGAGACACCAUCAGAGCAGAAGAAAAUCUCAAGGAUACUACAGAACCUACUACUGAGCUAGUUUCCACAGAGCCUACUACUGAACCUACUACUGAGCAUGUUUCGAAGAUACCGCCUAUUACUCAGAAAACAGAGCAUCUUCAGACAAGUGCUAUAGAUUUUUCAGAAACAAACGAGGUUGAAGUAAGCAGGCUUCUAGCUCACUUUCAAAUAGGCGCAGAGGUUGAGAUUUUGUCUACUGAUGACGAAAUAUGGUAUCCAGGAAAGGUUGUUGAUCUUAAACUGUGUGAAGGACUAGAGGAGCUGACAGUUGAGUACACGACACUCUUCGCAGACCAACAUAGACUUCAGAAACUUCAGGAUACUAUCACGGCUGACAAAAUACAUCCUGCAACACCAACUAGUGACCAAAAAUCCUUUGAGAUGAUGGAUAAGGUAGAAGUCUUUUACAACAAUGGCUGGAGCAGCGGACAAAUUAGCAUGGUACUUGGUGAUAACACAUACUCGGUGUGUCUCUAUACUUCUAUGGAAACUAUUCUAUUCAAACAUUCAGAUUUGCGAAUUCAUAGAGAAUGGAAAGAUGGAGUCUGGAAGAUGGCAGAUAAGGUGAAGCCUGAUAAGAAAAGGAAAGCUGCUGCCUCAUCACAAAAUUCAGGAAUGGAUAAUGUUUUCCUAAGAAGGAGCGAGAGGGUGCCUAAACGAUCUAGAGACACAAAAACUCCAUUCAAGUCUGACAGAAAUCCGGCUUUAACUGUAAUACCUGAGAUUAUACCUGCAGUUGAUCCGUUUUCAACUCCUGCGGAACAUAAGCUUUCAAGGCUUCAAAAUUGGAUGACAUUAAAGCCCGG